AUGGUCAAUCUCAUCGAUUUACCGCUUGAAAUACUGUCAUAUCUUCCUCUCUUCAUCCGUAAUAUCGAAGACUUCACAGAAGCAGCCUCUACUUGUCGAACUCUCUAUGUCGCCUUCUCUAUCACUUCUCCUAAUUGUAUUUUAAGACUAGCAGCGGCGUCUGCCCCUACAUUUUCAGGGCCACAUCCUCAUUUCCUCAUCGCUGCGACUGCCCGUCAGAUUAGCGAUUGGGCUUUGAGUAAUGCAGAGAAUACCCAACGACUUCGUCUUGCAUUUCAAAGCGGUGUUGAGGGGCUACUGGAGCUGUGUAUCGAAAAGGCUGGAUUAACACAAAAGGAUAUACGUCGCCUCCAUUCAGCCCGUUUCUCAAUCAUCAAUCCUCUAGCUGACAAGAUCGACAAAAUGGCUGGAGAACAGUGGUAUCAAGCCGACAACUUUUGGAAUGUGAACUCUUUGGAAGCCUACUUGGAGCCCAAGAAGAACUUGCCGAAAUUUGAUUUGGGUGUGAGGCUUGAUUAUAUCAAGUACUGCAUUCCAGAUUGGACAUGUCGCUCCUAUCCUGGCCUCGAAGUUCUUAGCGUGGGGCCGUAUUCAGAGAUAGGCCGAAUCAAUCUUCCUGCUGACCAGAUUGCCCUACGGCACAUCUUAAGUUGUAGAAGAUGGACUCGACUUUGGCAGAGUGUAACCCGAGCAAUUGGUCCUGAUUUCGUGGAGGACCAGUGGAAGCAAAAAUUGUGGUUGGAUGCUGUUCAGAUGCAGGGCUUGGAAGGGAUGAAGGCUCUGGGAGAAAAUGGGGUUCAGGAGCGACGCGUACAUCUGAUCAGGCUCAGGAGUCUGAUUGAGAAGAUGGAUCGGGGCGAUGAACCUUUGAAGCAUUUCAUUGGUACUCGACUGCAGGCACAAGUCUCGCAUGCGCCCGAUUUCCCCAAUGAAGUGUAUGUUUGUAUGGCCGGUCUUCGGGGAAGGAUGAUAGGACAAGCCGCCAACGGUCUUAGCACAGUAUGA